AAUCAAGGAUCAAAAAUGUUCAAGUUUGUAAGUUGCUCAAAUGAUUACUUUUGGACUCAAAGACUCAACUACUCACGGAUCCCUUACUUACAUAUUGGCCGUUUAGGUAAUGGUCUUCGCAGUUUUGGGAUUGGCAGCCGCCGUUGCUCCCGUUUCCCGCUCGGACGAUGUCCACGCCGAGGUCAAGGUCCUCAGCUCGGACGUUCGGGCCGAUGGCUUCGACACCGAUCUCGUGGUUGAUAACAGCAUUCAGCAAGCCGCCAGCGGUGACAUCCAUGGAAAUGCCCACGGUAGCUUCAGCUGGAUCUCGCCAGAGGGCGAGCACGUUGAUAUCAAGUAUGUGGCCGACGAAAAUGGCUACCAGCCCGUGGGUGCCGUGCUCCCCACGCCACCACCAAUUCCAGAGGCUAUUGUCCGUGCCCUUGCCUGGCUGGAGGCUCACCCCCAAGCUCCGGAGCACGGAGUUCAUCAUUAAGG